CGGCACCGGCGAGCUCUACCUGGACUGCAUCCUGCACGACCUCCGGCGGCUGUACGGGGACCUGGAGAUCAAGGUGGCGGACCCCGUGGUGGAGUUCUGCGAGACCGUCGUGGAGACCAGCUCCCUCAAGUGCUUCGCGGAGACGCCCAACAAGAAGAACAAGAUCUACAUGGUGGCCGAGCCGCUGGAGAAGGGACUCGGAGAGGACAUCGAGAAGGGCAAGGUCAAGAUCGACUGGGACAGCCGCCGCAUUGGCGAUUUCUUCGCCAAGAACUACGACUGGGACCAGCUGGCAGCCCGCUCCAUCUGGGCCUUCGGUCCCGAGACCAACGGACCCAACGUGCUGAUUGACGACUGCCUGCCCGGUGAGGUGGAUAAGACUCUGCUUGGGCAGGCAAAGGACAGCCUGAUCCAGGGCUUCCAGUGGGCCACCAAGGAGGGCCCCUUGUGCGACGAGCGCAUCCGGAGCACCAAGUUUAAGAUCCUCAACGCCCAGCUCGCCUCCGACCCGGUGAUGCGGGGGGGCGGCCAGAUCAUCCCCACCUCCAGGCGCGUCGCCUACUCCGCCUUCCUGCUGGCGACCCCGCGGCUCAUGGAACCGGUGCAGUUCUCGGAGAUCGAGUGCCCCGCCGAUUGCGUGGCGGCCAUCUACAACGUGCUGUCCCGGAGGCGGGGCCACGUCGUCCGCGACCUGCCGAAGCCUGGGAGCCCGAUGUACGUGGUGCACGCGUACCUGCCGGCCAUGGAGUCCUUCGGCUUCGAGACGGACCUGCGCACCCACACGUCCGGUCAGGCGAUGUGCCAGACGAUGUUCGACCACUGGCAGCUCGUGCCCGGCGACCCCCUCGACCGCUCCAUCCUGCUGCGGCCCCUCGAGCCGGCGCCGGCCCCGCACCUGGCCCGGGAGUUCAUGCUGAAGAUGCGCAGGCGCAAGGGCCUCAGCGAGGACGUGUCGGUCCACAAGUUCUUCGACGACCCGAUGUUGCUGGAGCUUGCGAAGCAGGACGCGGAGCUGCAGCAGUACUUCUGA